AUGUCCAGUAACCAACUCACCCGCGUGAUCUACAAGGCCGACCCCAUGUCGACAGACGAGUACAUCGUCAUCGUCAAUCCCGAGGCGUACGUGUCGUGGCGCAACGGCGACAAGACCAUCCCGCUCGCCGACGUCGUCGAAAGUUUCCAGAUCAUGACCUCCGGCCAGGGCCAGCAGGGCAUCAUGGGCCAGGUGUCGAAGCAGCAGCUCCAUGCCGUGUUUGGCACCACAAAGGAGGACGAGGCUAUCGUCAAGCUCCUCGAGCAAGGCACGAUGCAGGCCGGAAGCCUGAAGCCCAACGACAAGUCGAGUCGCAACUCGAGCAACUAA